AUGUGCUAUGGACGUCAAAGCUCCUUAUCGUCAAGAGAUAUAACCAAUCGCUCUCGAAACAACAGGUCGUCUGGCAACGACAACGAAUUGGUGAUCGAAGAUCUACUAGGUAGACUCGCCGAGACGGAGGUAGGCUCGAACGCGCUAGGACUCGGAAAGCUGAGCUCAGCCGACGGCUGGAGGAGGGAUGAAGCGGUUUGUGUCGGUAAUGAGAUGAACGAUUCGAGUCUUAUCUCAGCGACGGUUCCAUGA